AUGGGAGGGCAGAGUGACCUGGCCGUUCAUUCAUCGAUUGCCCUCUUGCAAGAGAGGUUCAGACAGUUGCAGAAAGCCAAGGAAAUGAGGCAGGAGAGAGAGGUUCUGCGGCUGCUCUCCGAAGCGGAGCGGAUCAAUCCAGCUGCACCUCAUCAGGGACCCCAAUCAUUUUUCCAUUCCGAGUUGAUCCUUCAGCCAAGACCUCCUCUCCAAGGAUCUAUCUGCAGUCAAACUAGCAUGCAUGAUCAGCAUCAGGUUACUGAUCCUUCAAGUUUGUCAUGUUUACGGCCGAGAGAUACAGCCAUGCAUGCAUCCACCUUUAGUGAUUCAGAUGUUGACACUUCACUUCAUCUGUGA